AUGAUACUGAGUUUUCGGCACUUUCGAGCAGUAGCAAUUGAUCCAAAUUCAUUUGGAUUGCAUAACUUCACAGGGCAAGAAGCAACUGAAGGAGUGGUGAAUUAUUGGCGUGAUCACGUCCUCCGGCUGUUGGUGCAACUCGAACAGGCUACAAUCGAACGAAAGCAUGUCAACGGGCGGAUCGAACGGGAACGUGCUGUCUGGGAGCAGCGACGGAAAGAUGCCCAACUCGAAUUGGAAUCUAUGAGAUUGAAACUACAAGCCAGUGAGGCUGCGCUAAUGGCUGCUCGUGGUCGAGUGGAGGUGUUGGAAGAAGAAGUUCAAAAACAGUCUGAUCGAUUGCAUACAUUGAAGGUUGAGGAAACCGCAGAACGCCAUAAAUUGGUUGCAUCGUUCCGUUCAAUUAAGGCAAACCUGCUCACACUGGGUGAAAAAGUAAAAACCUUUAUGUACACCCCGGCAGAUGAUUCCAGUUACCAAGGCAGUUCGGUCCCCGAACUCAUGCGUCGACUCAGACAGCUCGAGAGACGUCUGAACUUUGCCAACAAUCGUCUCCCAUUGCUUCGCGCUCAUCUUGCCCUCCGGGCAGGUAUGCCCGUCGACCAGUGUGAUGGUUGGGCACAGACAGAUAACAUAUUAGUCCCCGGAUGUCAGUCUGCACUAAACUUGUUCGAACUGGAGGAUUUACUGGUGCAUACACAAACCGAGCUGAAACAAUGCAUGGCCGAACGAGAUGGCGCUCUCAAAACAUUGGAACAGAAUGCCAGAUCUUUUCGGGAAAGAGUUAAGAAUGCCGAGGAGGAAGUACACAUGGAGUUGUCAAGCCUGCGUGACCUAACCACCGUUUUGGAGAACACUCUAAAAGAGAAGCAAGAGGAAUUGAACAGAUGCCAAAUUCAAAUGGCCAACUUGAAAGAUGAUCACGCCAAACUGCAACAGGAGACUAUUGACGAACAAGCACGUCUUCGAACCCAGUUAGCAGAUGCGCAAAAGCAACUAAACAAAGCAAUGAUCGAGUUGAAACGAACUGAACGUCGUGUGGAUCGCGAGUCCGACGAACGCCGAACACGCAUAGCUGAGGUGGAAAAUACUUACAAAUCUCGUAUUCAUACGCUGGAACAAGCAUUGCGUUCGUUCCAGCCGGAAUCUUACAAAUGGUAUUCCAUUCGAGAGGGAAUUGAACAAGCGACAGCAAAUACAACAUUAGACGCGAAAAUGAUCAACAAUGUCGAAGAUCCUACUACGGCAACACACUUAGAUGCGUUGGCGGCCUCUAUCAAUCAGCUAGCCCGUGUGGCAGACUGUCUGAAGAGCAGCAGUGAAUCGAGCGACCACGAAGGCGACGUACCUAAGAACGAUUUCCCCAAAACCAACUAA